AUGGAUUCAGACUUUCAGCUUGGCCUGGAUGUAGGCUGUGGAAUGCUGUAUGAGGUCCAAAACCAUCUCAGUGUUUUGGCGUCAGAGCACAGCGUGCUUCAGGAACGCGUGGCAGAGGUGCAGACUAGGAACCGACUUCUGAAACAAAAAUAUGAUUCUCUGCUGGAGCAGCACCGGAACAUGGAGAGCACGUACCGACAAGAGAAACUCCGCAGCUCAGAGAUCCUGGAGAACAUGAUCCUUCCGAAACAGCAGGCUGCUGUCCGCAUGAACCAUCACAAUGAGAAGAGAGUGAGAGCCAGAGAGGCCAGUCUUCACAAAGAGCUUCAGAUGGCUGCCAGUCAGAAUGUGAAUAUUAAUGAAGAGUCUGGAAAUGUGUCGCCUUCUAAACCAUCAUCCCCUAAAUGUGAGUCUUCACAGAGGUUUGAGAGAUCCCAUGGACCACUUUUCAGGUCUGCUUCAGCUACAUCCCCCCGCAUCAUCAGCUCCAUCAGAGGACUUUUUGAGAGUAAGAUUAGAGGAAAAUCCGUUUGCAGGUCAGAGGAAGAUCUCUAUAUACCAUUAGGAGUCUGUCUGGUUGCCAGAGUCCCAACCAAGGCAAUUUUUACAAUGGAUGCACAUGAGCUGGGAAUCAACGCUGUGAGGUUCAGUACCAAUUCAAACCUGUUGGCUACAGGAGGAACUGACAGAGUCAUCAAACUGUGGGGCAUUGAAGCAGGUACUCUUCAGAACAGAGGGACGUUAGAUGGAAGUAAUGAGGGGAUCACCAGCAUUGAGUUCGAUCCUACGGGCACUCGGAUUUUAGCUGCGUCAUAUGACAAGUCUGCUCUAUUUUGGAGGCUAGAGGACAGCGGCACUCGGAUUUUAGCUGCGUCAUAUGACAAGUCUGCUCUAUUUUGGAGGCUAGAGGACAGCGUUCCCAAGGUAACAGAGCUUACCUCUCGCCCAUCCAAACCACCCGUGCGCUAUCAAUCCAUGUGUGUAUUCCGUAGGGCAGGGAACUGCACACAGGAAGUGCCUCUUCAGGGCAGAGUGACCUCACUGGACCUCUGCCCCAACCACAGGCAGCUGCUCAGCUGCUCCAGAGAUGACAUUCUGCAGCUGGUUGACCUGAGAAAGAGUAACGACAGGGUGGCCUUCAGAGCGGAGGGCUUCAAAUGUGGAAGUGACAGCACCAAGGCCAUUUUCAGUCCGGAUGGCAGCUUCCUGGCAGCUGGCUCUGCAGACGGUGCCAUCUACAUAUGGAAUGUGAACACAGGAAACUUGGAAAAACGGCUUCCUGGCAUGCACAGAGCAUCAAUAAGCGCUGUGGCCUGGUCGUUGUCGGGUGAAUAUGUGGUAAGUGUGGACAAGAGCUGUCGAGCUGUGCUCUGGAGUGAUAUCUGAGAGCAGACACAGGCUGCCUUUUCCCUUCUCAUCAACUGAAGUCAGUCCUGGAAAUGCACUCGGGGAUGUCAUCAAAACACAGCCCUGUUGGGAAAAGCUCACACGCUGCACUCCGUCAAUAACAAGACCUGUAGUAUUGUGACAGUCUCUGUUGCUAAGAGGCCGUGUCACCCAAAACGCAGACAGAUGUGCUAAUGUUACAGGGGUCUGGCGACUGUCGAGCGGAGCUGUCUGGGUUUUGUUUUGAAACCUUGUUACACAUGAAUUGCUGACGCAGAACGUGCCGAAGCGUUUGUAGGUCUUCCUGUUGCUUGAUUCUUACUGUAAUUGUCAGCAACUUUAAAAUCUCUUGACAUACACCAGAUAUCACUGGGAUUUGAUAUCAAAGGGAAACAUGAACAAAAUGGAUUCAGCCUGUUUAAAGGACACAUUUCUGAAUAUGUGGAAACUCGACCCAGCGUAUUCGCAUGUCAGUCCUAUUUUUAGAGACCAGAACACUGAACAGACACGUCAUCUUGAAUGCCUGGUAAAAGGCCAUU